UUUGCUCAUCAUUGUGGCGGGCAGCGCGUCUCUGCAGGCCGGCUACAGCGCAGCCUCCGCUCCGGGCGCAUCACGGCAAAUCCGUGGAGUCCGCGUGCUCCCUCUGUUAAAAAAGUGCGCACCCAGCCGGAUAAGCCCGUCAUCUGCAGGGAAGAAGACGCACCAAGGACGCCGGCUCACUUGGCCGAGAGGAAACAGCGAGAGACAGAGACAGAGAGAGAAAACAAAACAAAACAACAACACCAAAAAAAAAAACAAAAAAACAACAACAACAACACAAAACCCCCCAUUAUGAUGUUGAAGCAGCACCUGCUCUUCGUGCUCUGCAGCGUCUGCGGGACUGUCGUUAAAGAGGCGGCAACCAAAAACAAAGCGAAAGGCAGUCAGAGCCAGUUUCCUGUCACCCAGAAUGUGACUGUGGUGGAGGGGAGCACAGCCAACAUGACCUGCCGUGUGGAUUACAACGAUAACACCUCCCUCCAGUGGUCAAACCCUGCACAGCAAACCCUUUUCUUUGGGGACAAGAAAGCACUGAGGGACAACCGGAUUGAGCUGGUUCGAGCCUCGUGGAAGGAGCUGACCAUCAGCAUCAGUGAAGUGACUCUUUCAGAUGAGGGACAAUACACGUGUUCACUCUUCACCAUGCCCAUCAAGACCUCCAAGGCCUUCCUCACUGUUCUGGGAGUGCCAGAGAAACCAGAAAUCACUGGCUUCACAAGACCUGCUGUGGAAGGAGAGGAUGUCACGCUCACAUGCAUAACAUCUGGAAGCAAACCAGCUGCCGACAUCCGAUGGUUCAGAAAUGAUAAAGAGGUGCAAGGUGUGAAGGAGGUGAACGCCACAGGCAGGUCUUUCACAGUGAGGAGCACCAUACACCUCAAAGUGGCCCAGAAAGAUGAUGGAGCUGCAUACACCUGCAGCGUGGAGCACAUUGCCCUGAACUCCACUCCUCACCAAGUCACAGAGGUGCUAGAGGUCUACUAUGCACCUCAAGUAGAGAUCGUUCCCUCUUUAAUCGUGCCACAGGAAGGACAGUAUUUCAAACUGGAGUGUACAUCUAAAGGCAACCCCCUACCUGAUCGAGUGUUAUGGACAAAAGAUGGUGGGGUACUUCCUGACGUCGAGCGAAUGAUUGUGGAAGGCAGAGAACUAAUCAUCACAAACCUCAACAAAACAGACAAUGGCACAUACCGGUGUGAGGCAAGGAACCAUCUUGGGACCAACAGUGAUGAAUAUGCACUGUUUGUAUAUGCCAAAAACUUACCAGGUACCUCAGACCCAAAUGCAUUGACUCAGCAUGGUCCUGAUCACGCACUGAUCGGAGGAGUGGUGGCUGUGGUGGUCUUCAUCACACUGUGCUUCAUCAUCGUCCUUGGCCGCUAUCUGGCCAGGCAUAAAGGGACAUACUUAACCAAUGAGGCCAAAGGAGCGGAGGACGCCCCUGACGCAGACACGGCCAUCAUCAAUGCGGAGGGGAACUACGCACAUGCAGAGGAAAAGAAAGAGUACUUCAUUUAGCACCUCUGUUUCUUCCUUUCUGUUGCGUAACUGUCACGGCAACGCUGCUAGCCGGCCCGGGGAGGGCACUAAGUCACUCGGUGUAGCCUGCUGGGGCUCCGGGUCUCCCUCCUCAAACUCCUAAUGGAGCUUACUUAAGCCUCUAACAUGGGCAAAUUUGACACCAGAGAGCGUUGCCAUUUUAUAACGCCAGUCUAAUCACCAAAAAAAAACAAAAAGUCGUUGAGUUUGUUACUGUAACACCAGGUCCAUUUAGGCUCAAACCCUCAUAAUCCUCCCUCCAACUCACCAUCCUUUCAUAAAAAUCAGUUUGUUUGAGUUGCCAAAAUAUACAGACAUGUUCUGUGCUCAUUGUUGUGCUUUUUAAACUUAUUUUUCCCAUUGAAUACUGCUUUCUUUACCCCCCCUCACUGUGCCUGUUAUAUACCUUUUGCAGAUAUUACCAGGGAGCGGCAAGAAAUGUGGUUCAUCUCAAGUCGGAAAACCUUGGCUUUGCCAAUAAUUACGCUUUAAGGCAAGAAUAUGU